AUGGUGAUCUUGUCUCUGGCCAGUAUUACCACGAGCCUAACUGAUGGGUGUGGUAUCCCCGCUUCUGCCCGUCCCCCGUGCCGCUCCCGCGAGCGGCCCGGGCAGAACCCUAGAUCGCCGCCGCCGCUCCCCUUUCGAGCCUUUCUUCUCCCUCGCCGCCGCCAGGGGACGCCGCCGGGCAAAGCCCGCGCGUGCGUCGCGGCGGCAGGGCUCCCUCCCUCCUCGCGAGGAUCCUGGGCGGCGCGGGACGGCCGGCCCUUGCGGCGGAGCUCGGCUCGGCGGCAGGUCGGGCUGCCGGUGGAUCUGGGCGGGGCUUCCCUGCUUGGUGGCGCUGGCGGCGGCGUGGUUUGCGCGGGGCGACGAGGCGCGGGCUUCUCCUCCUCCCGAUCUGAUGGUGCCGCGGUGGCGCCGGCGCUCGGGCGUGCGGAGGGGUCCGCGAGGAUGGUCGGCGCGCGACGUCUUCCUCCCCGAUCUGAUGGCUCCACGGUAGCGCCAGUGCUCGGGCGGCGGUUGGCUUCGGCAAGCGGUGGCGGGCGCUGGGCUCUCGGCGGCACUCCGGCGUGUGCAGGCGUGUCCCUGUGCGCGGUCGGCGGCUCCGUCUCUGACCCGGACGGCGCGGGGGAUGGCGGCGGCCCGGCGUGGCCGGCGAUGUGGAUGCGGUGGUGCCGGCGGUUUGCUGAUUUGCCGGUACUCCAGGGUCUGCCUGGUGGUGCUGGUGGUGACGGCGGCCCGGGCACGAGUGUUGGAUCCCUUCGAACUGAUCUGGGUGAAAACUUGCCUCGGCUUCUGCUAAGGCCGGCGGUAGCGGCGCUAUCUGCGUCGUUCCCUUUUUGA